CGACGAGAGGGGGCGCGGUCUGGAGGCCUCCUCCAUCCUUGGCGGAGACCGGAGGGAUGUUCCCGCCUCAGGAGGAGGCCGACAGGACGGUGUUUGUGGGGAAUUUAGAGGCCCGAGUUCGGGAAGAGAUUCUUUACGAGCUGUUCCUUCAGGCUGGGCCAUUAACCAAAGUGACUAUAUGCAAAGACAGAGAAGGAAAACCGAAGACUUUUGGAUUUGUCUGCUUUAAACAUCCUGAAUCGGUGUCUUAUGCCAUAGCUUUGCUGAAUGGAAUUCGUUUAUAUGGAAGACCAAUUAAUGUACAGUAUCGAUUUGGGAGCUCUCGCUCUUCUGAACCAGCUAACCAAAGUUUUGAGAACUGUAUUAAGAUAAAUUCACACAGCUACAGAAAUGAAGAAGUUGUGGGCAGAGCUUCCUUUCCCAUGCAGUUCUUUCCAAUAAAUACUGCAGCUUUACCUCAAGGAUAUUUUUUCUUUCAGAAGAUGCAGUGGCCUGCGUAUAAUCCAUCCCUCCAGCUUCCUUACUAUGAGAUGGCAGCAUCAUUUCCUAAUAGUACAGCUGCGUCGUCUUCGCUAAAUUGUGUUCCAGAUCUGGAGGCUGGACCCAGCUCUUAUGAACGGACUCACCAACAACCCAGUGACCCUGAUCUUUAUCAGACAAAUAAACGAAAGCGGCAAAAACAAACCAGUGACAGUGAUAGUAGCACAGAAAACAAGAGAGGAAAUGAAUAUAGCCAAAAGUUCCGAAAGUGUAAGAAAAAGAAAAGAUUUUAGCCUUAUGUUCAAGUGAAAUUUGUCUGCCCUGGUCUUCAUUUUCUUUAAAAAAAAAAAAAAAAAAACCUGUAUUCUUCUAAAUGACCAACUUUGUGGCUUUCUUGUGUUUUUUGAAAUAUAUAAUUAUCUAAUUUGCUGGUUUUAUGUGAAAUGACAAAAAUUUAUAAAUAAUAUGUAGUACUUUUUGUAAUGGUAUUUUUGACACAUUGUCAACAAGAAAAUACACUCUGAGUUGUUAUAUUUUAGUAUGGAUUAUGAAAUUACAUGGAAUUAUCAAUCAGAAGUCACUUAUGAGCGCUUAUGAUAAGGUACCAUGCUCUCCUAGACUGUUGCCUGUCCGGAGUGGUGGAUUUUCUGAAUGAAGCUAGUGUAACUAUUUAGGAGUUACAUGUUCCUAACAAAGACAAAAAAACAGGCUUUAGUUUCCUUUAUGAAUAACAUUUUAUUUUUUAUGUCCAAAUGUGUUUUUUCUGAGCCUUAUUUUCCUACAGGUUUAUCUCAUAGAAUGAGGAUAUGUGACAGUGAUACCAAAGGAAAAAUGAUUAUCAUGGGACUAGUUUUUAGGUCCUUCUCUUUUUAUAUGAUGUAUAUCAAUAGGAAUACCUGCCUCUUCACUUCUUGCUUAAUUGUAUGAAAAUUAGUUGGCUAUGACGGUAUUUAUUAUCCACCUCUUUUGCCAGCUGGGUUUGAGAUAGUAUAUCUGACAUACUUAAAUCUUGAUAAUGAACAAUAAAUAGAAUGGUAUUUCAUUAAUAUAUGAUACUUAAUAUUUAUUAUCAAAUCAGGUUUCCUGUUUUGGUUCAUUUAUUUUUAGAAGACAGAAUACAUGUAAAAUUAAUGGUUUAUUUGGACAUUUUGUUAACUUUGUAGUUCAUCAUAAGCUAAAAUGAUGGAAGUAUUUGUUUACUAAAACUAAUUAAAAGAAUCCUGCAACUUCAUUGGGAGGUACCCACCCACUUCAGUAGAAAAAGCUAUGCUUAGAUAAUUCCUCUGCAGUUUG